AUGAUGAAGAAGAAAAAUAUCGACAUAGAGGAGCUUAAAAGGCUCAUUGAAGAAAGCAGCAUGAAAAAAAGAUUUGUAAAAGAUAUAAAAAGAAAUUGUGAAAUAAAAAGCAUAAGAUUUGGUAUUAUGAGUAAGGAAGAUAUAAUAAAAUAUUCAGAAGUGAAAAUAAUGAAUAGAGAAAUGUAUAAGAAUAAUAGUGGUAUACCAUAUCCUUAUGGUGUUUUAGAUUUAAAACUAGGAGCUCAUAAAAGUAACUCUGUAUGUGAAACAUGUAAUAAGAAAUUAAUAAAUUGUUCAGGACAUUUUGGUUAUAUAGAAUUGAAUUAUCCUGUAUUUCAUAUUGGUUAUUAUAAAUAUAUAAUACAUAUAUUAUAUUGUAUAUGUAAAUAUUGUUCAAGUUUAUUAUUAUCAAAAGAAAAAAUUGAAUUUUAUUGUAAUUUAAAAAAAAAAAGUACGGAUGAUUCCUUUUAUAAAAAACAUUUAUUUAAAAGGAUAUUAAAUAAUUGUAAAAAAGUAAAUAAAUGUUAUAUAUGUGGAAAUCCACAGGGUGUAAUUAAGAAAAUAAUAAAACCUAGUUUAGAUCAAUUUAUGAAAUUAAAACAUAUCUUAAAAGUAAAAGAAAAUGGAAAAAUGAUUAUAAAAGAAGAAGAUCUAAAUAGUUUAUAUGUUUUGAAGUUAUUUAAAAACAUAAAUCCAUAUCAUGUUAAAUUAUUAAAUAUAGAAAACCCAGAAAAAUUAAUUAUAACAGCAUUAUUAGUACCACCUAAUACUAUAAGGCCAUCUGUUAUAAUUGACGAGCAUGGAACAGCUGAAGAUGAUUUAACUUGUAUUCUUUCUGAAAUAACACAACUGAAUAAUACUAUAUAUAAUCAAUGUACGAAUGGUUAUCAGACGAAUCAAUUCCUGGGUAACGUAGAAUUUCUACAAUUACAAAUAACAAGAUUUAUAAAUAGUGAUUCUCCGGCUGUUUCACAAUUAUUAGCAACACAAAAUAUCUCUAAACCUGGGAGAGGUAUUUGUCAAAGGUUAAAAGGAAAAGAAGGAAGAUUUAGAUGUAAUUUAUCCGGAAAAAGAGUUGACUUCUCUAGUAGAACAGUCAUAUCACCAGAUCCAAACAUAUCUAUAGAUGAAGUAGUGAUACCAAAAAUUAUUGCCAUGAGAUUAACAUAUCCUGAGACGGUAAAUAAAUAUAAUAUUGAUAAGUUAAAAAUGUUAAUAAAGAAUGGUUGUAAUAAAUGGCCCGGUGCAAAUUAUAUAAUAAAGAAGUCAAAAAAAGGAAUUGAUCCCUACUCAGAUAUUAGCACCACUUAUAAUAAUAAUAAUAUUAGUAGUGGUUGUAGUAAUAUAUUUAAUGUAGUUAAUAAUUAUAUUAAUAACAAUUGUAAGAACGUUAGAUAUAAUAUAAAAGAUGUUAAUAAUAAUGUGUUAAAAGAUAUGUACCACAUAAACAAUAUGAAUAAUGAUAUAAACAAUAAUAUUAACAAUAUAUAUAAUAAUACUUCUCAAACAAGCCUAUCUAACGUGAACAACCACAAUAAUAAUAAUAAUAAUAAUAAUAAUAAUAUGUAUUGUAAUAAUCAGACACAAGAUAAUGAAGAAGAACGAAAAAAUAGUCAAUUCAAUAAAAUAAGUUUAAAAUAUGCAAAUAAAAAUCUUGUUAUACAAAAUUUAAAUAUUGGAGAUGUUGUAGAAAGACAUAUAUGUGAUGGAGAUAUUGUUUUAUUUAAUAGACAACCAUCUUUACAUCGUAUGUCUAUUAUGUGUCAUAAAGCAAAAAUAAUGGAUUUUAAAACUUUUCGUUUUAAUGAAUGUGUUUGUUCCCCAUAUAAUGCUGAUUUUGAUGGUGAUGAAAUGAAUUUACAUGUUCCUCAAACAGAAGAAGCUCGUGCUGAAGCUUUAUAUUUAAUGAAUGUAAAACAUAAUUUAAUAACUCCUAAGAAUGGAGAAGUUAUAAUAGCUUUAACACAAGAUUUUUUAUCUGCAUCUUAUAUAAUUACAAAUAAAGAUACUUUUCUUGAUAGAGAUACAUUUUGUUUAUUAUGUUCUUAUUUUUCGGAUGCUUCAUUAUAUAUUGAAUUACCUAUUCCAGCUAUUUUGAAACCUAAAGAAUUAUGGACAGGAAAACAAUUAAUUAGUGUAUUAAUAAAACCUAAUAAAAAAGAGAAUACAAUUAUUAAUUUUGAAAUACAAGAAAGAGAAUAUUCUAAUAAGUUUGGAGAUUUAAAACAUUUAUGUUUAAAUGAUUCAUAUGUUUGUUUUUAUAAAUCUGAAUUAAUAUGUGGUUCUUUAGGGAAAAAAGUUUUAGGUUCUUCAAAGUAUGGUUUAUUUUAUUAUUUAAUACAUCAUAAUUCAAGUCAUAUAGCAUUAAAAAUUAUGAACAGAUUAUCUAAAUUAACCAGUAGAUAUUUUUCUAAUAAAGGUAUGACUAUCGGUAUUGAUGAUGUAAGACCAUCACAAACAUUAACAGACAAAAAGAAAGAUUUAUUAUUAAAAGGAUAUGAAAAGGUAAAUAAUGAAAUUAUAUUAUAUAAUGAAAAGAAGAUGCAAAUACAGCCAGGUUGUACCUUAGAAGAAACAUUAGAAAUAAAAGUUAAAAGUAUAUUAGAUGAUUUAAGAAAUGAUGCAGGAAAAACAUGUAAUCAAUAUUUACAUUAUUUAAAUAAACCAUUAAUUAUGUUUAAUUCUGGAGCAAAAGGAGCAUUAAUUAAUAUAGCACAAAUGAUAGCUUGUGUAGGACAACAAAAUGUUGCUGGUCAAAGAAUACAAAACGGUUUUAUAAAUAGAACAUUACCACAUUUCCAUUUUCAUUGUAAAGAUUCAGAAAGUAGAGGAUUUGUACAAAAUUCUUUUUAUACAGGAUUAAGUCCAACCGAAUUUUUUUUUCACACAAUGUCAGGAAGAGAAGGUCUUGUAGAUACAGCAGUAAAAACUGCUGAAACAGGGUACAUGCAAAGAAGACUUAUGAAAGCAUUAGAAGAUUUGUCAAUUCAUUAUGAUUAUUCUGUAAGAUCAUGUGAUAAACAAAUCGUACAAUUUAUAUAUGGAGAUGAUGCAUUAAAUCCUUCAUAUAUUGAUAAUAAUAAUACAUAUCUUGAUCAGUUUGACAAGGUAUUUGAUCAUAUUGUAUCUAUAUCAUCUAGCCAUUUGUUAUUAUCUUAUAAAAAUAAAAUACCUAACUUGGCUCAUCUUCAGCAUCAAAAUAAAACAAGUAAUAAGAGCAUUAUUUAUAAUAAUAAGAGCAUUAUUCAUAAUAAUAAGAGCAUUAUUCAUAAUAAUAAGAGCAUUAUUCAUAAUAAUGAUAACAAUAUGAACAGCAUUCAUAAUAAUACUAUUAAUAAUAACAAUAAUUAUAAAGAAUGUACGCAUAAUCCUUAUGUUUGUAACGAAUCAUUAAUUAUACGUAAUAUUAUUAACAGAUUGAUUUACCAAAACAUUGCACAAGAAGAUCUAUUCAUACCUUUAGAACAUGAUGAAUUUUUAGUUAACAAAAUUAUGGAAUCUUAUACAGAUCAGGAAUGUAAUUAUGAAGAUAUCAUCAGAUCUUUCGAUUCAAACAAAAAUAUUUCUUAUAUACAUGAUGACCAGGGAAAACAUUUAUCUUUGCAAAUGUGUACAGAAGAACACAUAACUAUUAAUAAUACAAAUAAUGAUAAUACAUAUGUUCAACAAAUAGAAAUGAAGGAAUUAAGUAAAAAUAAAACAAAAGAAAAACAAUUAUUUAAAGGAUCGAUAAGAGAUAUGCAUGAAGAUUCUGAAGAACGAAUGAACAAAUUUAUAGCAAAAAACGCAAAGUUUUCCUUAGAGAAGAAAAAAGGAAAAAUGCAUGAAUGUAACGAUAACAUCGAAUGUAAUAAUAUCCAAUGUAAUAAUAUCCAAUGUAAUAACAUCGAAUGUAAUAAUAUCCAAUGUAAUAAUAUCCAAUGUAAUAACAUCGAAUGUAAUAACAUCGAAUGUAAUAAUAUUUCAUGUAAUUAUAUGAAACCUUCAAAUUUAAAAAACACACAUCAUCAACUUAAUAACGAUUUGUCUUUCAUAAAAAAUAACGCCAUUUUACCACCACAAGAAUAUCAUUCCAUCUUUCAUUUUGUAAAUGAUUAUAGAAAUGUUGUGGAAAUAAAAAACUUGAUGGAUAAAAAAAAAAUUUUCCUGAACAAUUCAGAAAAAAAUGUGGUGCAAUCUAAAUAUAACAGGAUGAGUAAAAAUUUAAAAAAAAAAAUUGAGAUAAUUAAUAAUAUAUAUAGAAAUGAAAAGAAAAAAUUAAAUCGAUGGAAAACAAAAAUGGAUAAUGAUGAUAAUUAUUGGUCAUCUGAUGACGAUUCUGUUAUUGCCAAGAAAAUUAUAAAAAUAAAAAAUAAAGAAAAAAGAAAAUAUCACCCCAAAGAAGAAAAGGAAAAUUUUGAUAGAAAUAAUAAUAAUAAUAAUAAUAAUAUUAGUAGUAAUAAUAAUAAUAAUAAUAAUAAUUAUUAUCAUAAUCUUCAUGAGGAUGUAAACAAUUUAGGAGUUACAAAUUAUAAUACAAAUAUAUAUCCUAAUGAUUAUAAUGGGAUAUAUGAAAAAGAAACAAAUAAUAAUGAACUUACAACAAGUAUUAAUAUCUGUGAUAAAAAUAAUGAUUUCUCUGAAGAAUUCUUUUAUAAUAUAAAUGAAAAUGAUUUAUUAUAUGAUAAUAAAUAUUAUAGACAAAUAUUUAAGAAUGUUAUUGGUUUUGUUAGUGUUUUUGAAUAUGUUGAAUCAUAUAAACAACAUUAUAUUUUAUUUCCAUAUGAAAUAAUAAAAUGGACUAGCUUUUUAUUAGAAUAUUUAACCGAAAUCAUUCCUACAAAUAUAUUUCUUCAUACCAAAUUAUCGAAAAAAGAAAAACCAACUCAUCAAAAAAAUACUGGGAAAAUGAAAAUAUAUAUAGAAGAAAUUAAAAAAUGGUUAUUCAUUAAAGCUAUAAAUAUAUAUAAAUAUUUUAGUUUUAAAAAAUGUAUUGAACUAAUCAAAAAAAAAGAUUAUUUUAAUUAUAUUAUUAAAAAUUAUAAUAUAUCACAUAGAUAUAUUAUCCAUGAUUAUUCUUUUAUUAAUUUAAAACAAUUAUAUCUUUUUAUCUUUUUUAAUAUAUAUAAAUAUUUUAAAUAUAUAUCUACCCCUGGUGAUGCAGUAGGAUCAAUAUCAGCUCAGUCGAUUGGUGAGCCCGGAACACAAAUGACGUUGAAGACUUUUCACUUUGCAGGUGUGGCUAGCAUGAAUGUUACCUUAGGUGUUCCUAGAAUAAAAGAAAUAAUCAACGCAUCAAACAGUAUUCAAACACCAAUAUUAAACAUCCCUUUAGAAGUGAACGAUAAUUAUAAUUUUGCCCUAAUGAUGAAAUCAAAAUUAGAAAAGACGACAAUACGUGAUAUUUGCAUGUAUAUAAAAGAAGAUUAUACUAGUCGAGGUGUAUUUCUAUCCGUUAAGUUUAACGAAGAAUUAAUACAGAAGCUUUUUCUAAAUAUCAAUGCAUACAAUAUCAAAGAUAUUAUAUUAAAACAAAGUCAUAUUAAUAAAAUAAAAAUUAAUAAAAUACAUAUUAAUGUAAUAAAUAAAUAUAAAUUACAUAUUUCUUUAAAAAAUGAUGAAUUUAUAUUUUUUCAAAUGGAAUCCUUAAAAAAGGGUUUACUUGAUCUCUUGAUUUAUGGAGAUAAAGAUAUUAAAAGGUGUAUCAUAAAAAAAGAAGAUAUUGAAGUAACAGAUAAUGAAGGUGAAAUAUGUGAUGACAUGGAUGAAUAUUAUAAUCUUUCUCAAGGGACAGAGUUAUAUGAAAGAAAAUGUAAUAGUAAAGAAGAAAAUAAAACUGCUAUUCGUGUUAAGAAAGAAGAAAUUGAUGAUAAUCUCGAGAAGGAAGAGAUUAUUAUUCAUGUGUCUGAAAAGGAUAGCGUUAAUCAAUUGAAGAGUGAAAAAAAGAAGGUUAUUAAUGAUGAUAAUAAAAUUAAUGAUACUAUUUUUAAUGAUGACAUUGACAGUGAUCGAAACAACCUUAAAGAAAAUGGUAGCAACUUAGAAAAUGUCGGAGAACAUGUUAUAGAAAGGUUAAGCUACAAAAUGAAAGAAAAAAAUGUUAAAAAAGAAAAUAUAAAAAAAGAACCGAACCUUAUAAAUUUAGACACUAUAAAUUUAGAUACUAUAAACUUUGACGAUAUAAAUGUACAUAAUAUAAAUAAUGAGAAAAUUGAAUUUUAUGAUGAGCAUUUAAAUAUAUGUCAGGGAAACAAAAAACACAUUCAAAAAAAAAAAAAAAAAAAAACUGUAUACUCAAUAUUAGUAGAAGGAAAUUCGUUGAAUUAUGUUCUUGGUUUAGAAGGUGUUGAUUUUAAGCAUAUCAUUUCUAAUCAUGUCAUAAACGUUUUUCAAGUUUUGGGUAUAGAAGCAGCUAGAAUAACAAUAAUAAAUGAAAUUAAAAAAUGUGUAGAAGCUUAUAGUAUUGAUAUAGACAUUAGACACAUUAUGCUCCUAGCCGACAUUAUGGCCUUUACUGGAGAUAUUUUAGGUAUAAACAGGUUCGGAAUACAAAAGGCUCGACAGAGUACCUUAAUGUUAGCAUCUUUUGAAGAAACCAAUGAGCAUUUAUUUGUUUCAUCAUUUUUUAAAAAUGUGGAUGAAAUAAAUAAUAUAAGUGAGAGUAUAAUAGUAGGAAAAAACAUACCUAUUGGAACAGGAGCCUUUCAACUUCUUUAUGAUUAUAAAUUUGAGAAGGAAACAAAAAAUUUAACACUCCUCGAAAAGGCAGAAAGAGAAACAGCAAUAAAUUAUUAA